CAUUGGUUCAUUAGGUUUGUUGUUUGCCUAGUGUAUGAUUUGUUUUCUUCUUUUUAUACCAAGUACCAGAAUGUGUAUAAUAAUAACAAUCAUCCAGAUCUACUGUGUUUCAGGUGUGACUGGAGAGACUCAUGUGUUCAGUAGUUCUGGUAAAAAUGUCACUCUGUCCUGUAUUAAUGCUCUUUCUGACUGCACCUCAACUGUAUGGAUCUACAACAAACAUAUAUCAACAGUUACAGUAGAACUGAUUAAUGGAGGAGUAAAGAAGAAAAACAUAGAGAGAGCUGAUAGACUGAGUCUGGGGUCUGACUGCUCUCUGAACAUCUAUAAAACAACAGAAGAAGAUCAUGGACUAUACAUCUGCCAACAAUAUGUGAAUGGAUAUAAACAUGGAACUGAUGCACACGUUCUUCUACAUGUUCUUUAUGUUUCUCCAUCAUCCCCCACACAGACUGAGAUGAGAUCAGGCAGCUCUGUGACUCUUAUCUGUCAGUUGUUUUCAUAUGAAGACUCUUGUGAUAGUUUGAUCCUUGUUGAGGAUCUUCAGCUGUUCUGGGUGAAUCAGGCUGGUGUUAAUCUGCUGACAGAUUCCAGAUAUCAGAUAUCAUCAUCAGGACCCUGUAUCAGCACUCUGACUACAACACUCCAGAAUGAAGACAACAACACAGAGUGGAGAUGUUUGGUUAAAAUGAAGAAUGAGAUUAAGACCUCAGCCAGAUAUACUGUCAAGUUUAAAGGUCCAACUGUCACAAACCUACGAAACACCACCACAAACUUUGAGACAAAAUCAAUUACAAAUGCAUCAGAAACUGAAGGCAGUAAGAUUUGGGUGUUAUACAGAGUGAUUAUAGUGAUUGUUGAGAUCAUAUCAUUCACUGCUCCUACUGUGAUUCUUCUUCAAAUGAUCUGUACACGAAGAGCUGAAAACAGAAGAAGGACUCAGACCACCUAGAAGACAGUGAUAUCAACAAUAUACAAAUAAAAUACUCCCUUUACAAAUUGCAACAACACAGUGAAAAUGUGGAUACAUUUUAUAUGUAUAUGAGUAGCGCAUUUAAAAACAUAAUUGCAUUAAAUAUGGUAACAGACAGACUCAGGCUGUUUGUGUAAUGUAGCUGAAUUGAUACGUGUUUAUCUUCUUCAAUCUGUUUUGAUUUUGCAUAGUUUUCUUAAAAUGUCUUAAUUAAAAUUCUGGACUU